CCGCCCCAGUCACUGACUGACGGACAGGCAGAGAAGGGUUAUUCGCGUCAGCCGCGCAAACCAUGUCUCCGGUAUCCGAGUCCCUGCUGUGGCCCCAGGCGGGGGCAGCGCGCUGGAGAUUACCCCGGAGCGCCGAUGACCAAGUGCUUAAUGAUGUGGGCACCAAAGCAGGUGAUUCAGGAAACGCUACUGAUGGCACCGGACAUCCCGAAUAUGUUGCAUUUGUUCUUGUGCCAGUUUUCUUCGUCAUGGGUCUUUUGGGAGUCCUCAUUUGUCAUAUCCUUAAGAAAAAGGGCUAUCGCUGUACAACAGAGGCAGAACCUGACGUGGAAGAAAAGGUUGCGGGAGAGAAGAUCGAGAUGCAUGAAAGUGUAGGAGACACGAAUAACGACACCGUUGGGCAAAUUGUCAGCUACAUUAUGAAGAAUGAAGCGAACGCUGAUGUUUUAAAAGCCAUGGUGGCCGAUAACUCUAUGCUUGGGGAUAACAGUGUGUUUGACCCAGAGAGCCCUACUACACCAAAUACUCCAGUAAGCCCUUCAACUCCCGUUAGUCCUGCCACACCGUCCAAGCACUCUUGUCGAGGACACCAUCUUCACACGAUCGGGGGAGUAGCUGACAAGAAUGCGUGUACCCGAUGCGGCAACAAGCGGUGGCUUUUAAUGAAGUCGCCUCCGAAAAAUAAAGAGCCGAAGAAGCCUCGUCAGUCGGUGACAGUGCUGUCGGUAGGGAGGUUUAGAGUGACAAAAGUGGAACCAAAGUCUAAAGAAAGAAAACGCUUAAUGUCUGAUGGGACAGAAGUUACAAACGGCGAGGCACCUAGUACACCAGUCGCUGUGGAUACCAGGCAGAGAGAUGGGACAGAAACAGAGGUGCGUUUUAAUUUUCAGCAGAAUCGAAGCUCCAUAGAUACCUGAUUUAUAAGACAUUCCCAUGAAGGAACACCCAAUUAAUAAAGAGUCCAGAGAAGAUCUUGAAGCCACGUUUUAGUGAUGGAUAUAUAUGGGUAGCCCUGCCAUGUCGUGCGGUUUAAAAAUGGGGUGUAGGGAUCUUGACUUUUUAGCAAUUCCAAAAAAACAAACACAAAACAAUAUUAAUAUCAUAAGCUGUUUGUACAUUUUAGUAGUGUCUUUUCUAAGUAGAAAGCUGCAACUUUUUAAACAUUUUAUGAGAUUAAUAGAUGAGAAUGUACAUUUAAUGGACUGUUUAGUG